UUUCUGUAUUUUUAAAAAAUGCACGUCUUAAUCACAUUAUUAUCAAAUGUAACAUUUAGUAUAAAAUUUACAUUUAAACUAAGAUGAUUUAUUAUUUAUAAUUAAAUAUAUUUAAGCAAUAUAGUAGGCUGCGAGUGGGGUAGGAAAGGGACAUUCCCACGGGUGGUGUUCGGCCGUAGGUAACAGCAGGUAACAAUAUCCCUUACCUACCCCACUCGCACGAGUACUAUAUUGCUUUUAUAAAACAAUUUUAUAUUCAACCAAUUAACAUUUCAACACAAAGUUAUUGAUUUAAAAAAUGUUAAUUUCACCAUUGUUUCUCCGCAACAAAAAAUAGUUCCAGUCAACGUCUUGGUUUGGAAUGACAAGAACUAACAGUUAUCAUCAACGCGCUUUAGAAUGUUUCAUCGCAGAGUGAUUUAUUAUUAGCUGUGAAAGUCCGAGUUGGGAUGUCCUGGGAUAUUCCAACUCAUGGAACGUCUCUCGUCCAAUCAGAAACAGCUUAAUAACUCGAUAGAACCCAAUUGUUUUAUAAUAUGUAUAUAUAUUAUGUAUGCUAAACAUCAUACCUAACCCCCCCCCCCCCCCCCCCCCCAGACUGGAUCGUCUUUUGGUCGAAAAAUGAUGACUGGAUAUCUAUCCGCAAAAGGGGUUAAAGCUUCUGAAGGCAGAGUGGGCAAUGUGUUGAGAAGUAUUCAUCAACCCUACCACAUUGCAAGACAGCAGGGUGCCCGGAAUCUGAACCCCAUACCCUACAAUGCAGAAUACAUGGGUCACAAGCUGCAUGUAGAUCAGAAUGAGAAGCUUGUUAUGUUUGGAGUGACUCAUGUUAUGGCUAUCGAUGGUUUCAGCAAGAAGGUGGUCGGUCACUCCACCAUGCCAAUAAAGAACAACAUCGUGAUUUAUGAGGAAGUGUACCGGCCUGCUGUUCUUUCCUAUGGACUAUGGGACCAGGUCAGAGUUGACUGUGGGAAAGAAUUCUAUCUGGCUUUAUUCAUCCAGGAAAAACUGGCAGAACAUCGACACAAUACUCAAAGGCAGCCCUACCUUCAGACACCUUUUACAAGGAACCAUGUGAUAGAGAGAAUGUGGUCGGAGGUGAAUGCUCGAGUCAACUACCCUUUGAAGACAGCUCUGGUACAGCUGGUGGACCAGGAGGAACUGGACAUGGAGGACAACACAUCCAGGUAUUGUGUGUCCAACCUGACAUGCCAGCUGGCUAGGAUUGGCAUCACAAAUGUCGUACAGGCAUGGAAUGCACACAGGAUCCCAGGAAGGGGAAUACCAAACAAACUGGCUAAAGAAGGGUGUCCUGCAAAACUUUCUGAGGACCUUCUGCCAGUCGGUGCAGUUGCAGCUGACCUGUAUCAGCAGGAAAUGGGAUCAGACUUGAAAAGAGAAUCCAUUUUUGGAAGUGAUCCUUUCCCCUCUGAAGAAGCCCAACAAUGGACUGAAACUGAGUUUGGUUCUCUCUUUGAUUUGCUAUCCCUCUACCAAAAUGUGGUUAACCAUAACUAUGGCCCUUUUAAAAAUGCAGUGAGGUCUCCGAUUGAUAUCACCUCAAGACAUGUGCGACCUGUUACACAGUGACCUGCAAUGGUCAAUGAAGAAGCAGUAUACCAAAAAUAACAUUUUAUUACAACAAUGAUAAAGUGGAGGUUGUCUUUUUUUUCUUCUUUUUUUUUUUUUUUUUAAAACGGU